GGACCUCCUCUCCAAGGAUUGUCCAUUCGCCCGGCUGCCUUCACUCAACCCGUCAACCCGAGCAAGACCGGCAGAUGCCUUCACACGCCAGGCUGGCUCCUUCCACUUGGUCCGCGUGAACACCCACUAAAGGUGACUGGACGAGUCCUCCUUUUUGCGGGCGGGGACGGGGGGAAAGCAUUUCACACGUGGGGCCAGCCCAACUCAACCCAACCCAACCAGCUUGGCGAAUCCCUGGAUCCCCAUCGCCGCGCAAAGCCCAAAGUCAGGUGGAGGCUGGCGCGGACGUCGCGGCGGCGAGGGCCAGCCUGCGUCUUUCUUCUUAAAAAGCGGGGCGACCCUCUCCCUCCCCGCUGCCCCCUCCCCAUCUCCAGGCAGCGAGCGAGGAAGACGGAGACCGCCGGCUUUCACGAGCGCUGCUAAGCCAAGGAGGGGACGUUGCCUUCGGAGCUGCUUGAGCGGAUUCAGCCUUUCCCCGCCGCUUCCCCCACUAAGGAACUCCUGGGCGCCCUGAUUCUCCUCGUACUGCUUUUGGGGAGGGUCCCCUCGGAGCCGGGCAGAGGGAGGGAGACCCCGCUUGCUGGAGCGUCGCCUUCUCUCGCCACCCCCGACCAAAGAUGGUCAACGAACGCUGGAAAAACGUGGGGAGGUCGGCGCAGCUGGAAGACGGACCUCAGGAGAAAUCCCAGAGAGUCAACUGCGGCUACAUUCUCUGCACCGUCCUCCUCUCUGUGGUGAUCCUCCUAGCGGUGACCGUCACGGCUGCCAUCCUCUUCAUGAACCACUACCACACACCGGUCACCGAAUCCCCGCCCGUCAUCACCACCAACCCGGACGAUGCCAAUGCUUUGGUCACCAUCGAGAAAGCCGACAGUUCCCGCAUCAACAUCUUCAUUGACCCCAACUGCCCCAACCAAGCCAACAGCUUCGCCCGCUUGGAGACCCUGCAAUCGUCCCUCCUGAGAGUCGUGACGGACCAGGAGGCCGAGGCCAAGUCGUCCAAGGGGCAGGAGAGGGCCUUGAUGGUGGGCCUCUCGGACGAGGUCUCCAAGCUUCUCUCUCACGCCACCCAGCUCCGGACGGACUGUGAAAAUCUGAAGAAGGGGCACAGCACCAUCGGGCAGGAGCUGAGCGCCCUCCAGAAUGAACAAGGGCGGCUCAUACAGCUGCUCUCCGAAAGCCAGAGCAACAUAGCGAGGCUGGUCAGCUCCGUCAGUGAUAUUCUGGAGACUCUGCAGAAGGAUCGCGGUCUCACCCGGCCACGCAUGAAAGCGGACCUUCAGCGGAUCCCAUCCCGGACAACGCGGCCCAAAGGAUGCCCAAAUGGCUCAAAGCCUCGGGACUGUUUUGACAUCUACUCCGGUGGCCAACAGGGCGAUGGGGUCUUCUCCGUCUUCCCCACCCACUACGCCGAGGGGUUCCAGGUUUACUGCGACAUGACCACCGAUGGUGGAGGAUGGACGGUCUUUCAGAGGCGCGAGGAUGGAUCGCUGAAUUUCUUCCGCGGCUGGGAAGCUUACAAAGAUGGUUUUGGAAAACUCACGGGAGAACACUGGCUGGGUCUGAAGCGAAUCCAUGCUCUGAGCACACAAGGGGCCUAUGAAUUGCGCAUCGACCUGGAGGAUUUUGACAACGGCACGGCCUUCGCCCAUUACGGGACUUUUGCCGUUGGCCUCUUCUCCGUGGACCCGGAGGAAGAUGGCUACCCCAUCACCAUUGCUGACUAUUCUGGAACAGCAGGUGGGUCUCCUUUCCAAACACCUGCCUCUCAGGGGGGAGCCUCGCUUCUUUCUUCUCAGAGUCCUUGGGGCUCUCUGAGCUCGGCUGUUUCUACGCCCAUCCAGAAUACAGAAUUACAGCAUUGGAAAAGGACCCCGGAGGUCUUCAACCCUGAGCUCUAG